AUCGUCUACAGGAAAUCUAAAAAUUAAAAGUAUCGAUAAUUUUAGUACAUCACUAUGGACAAUCAACAUAACCUCAAAUCAAUUCCGUAUUCAUCGAUGAAACGUAUAAUAUAAUGGAUAUCUCAAAUAUUUUAUGCUGCAAAUCUAUUCAGCAAAACAUAUUACUUUCCUAAAAUUGUUCAGCAGUUCACAUUUCACUAGAAAAUUACAAAAAACUUACCGAUGAAACGACAGAAGUUGUUGGCUAUUUUCUUUUCUUCCUGAAUGUGAUCUGCAGCCCCAUACCACACAAGACAUAAUGUCACAGAGUCGAGACACUCAAUUAUUUGAUAUAAAUAAAAGUUUCUUUCCAUUUAUUUGGAAAAAUAUUGUUAAAUUAUCACUUAAAACAAUCUGAACACAAGACACUCGUAAACAAAGUUCACGCGACCGUGUCAAAUAGUUCGAUUUCUGCUGUCGAUUACCUGUCCCUUUCUUUUUCAACGGAUAUGAAAAUGACAGUAUACCAAUACCUGAAGUAUACGCGUCGUUGGUUAUCAUACGACUUCCCUCCGCGUGACAACGAGCCGAAACUCCCAGAGUUUGAGUCCAGCGAGGAGAAGGAAGACCCGGUUGAGGUGGAAGAGAAGAAGGCAGCCCCCGCCGCCCGCCCUGCGCCCUUCACCAUCAAACAGAAAGACGAGGUGCCGGAACUACCGCCACCGCCAGUUGCUCCUAGGUUUCCAGCAAAUGUCCCAUGGUUCCGCCUCCGCUACGGCCCCGCGACCCCACAGCCGCGCGUGUCUCCAAAGGCCGAGAUGGUGGCAGCGGAUUUGGGCGAGAGGAAUAUCAUGGACCGGAUCACCUCCGCCAUCCGCCUGCCUCGCAUCAACCUCGGGGAGUUUAGCAGGAUGUUUUCUACGUCAUCAGUUCUGAGAAAGAAGGAGGGGAAGAAAGAAGAGAAAAAGAAGGCAGCAGCAGCGGCGCCGGCGCCGCGCGGCGCGUCCGUCGCCAAUGGACGGAUCAUCGCGGUAAUCGGCGCCGUGGUCGAUGUCCAGUUUGACAAACAUCUCCCGCCCAUCCUGAACGCUUUGGAAGUCCCUGGAAGAACACCAAGGCUGAUCCUGGAGGUGGCUCAACAUCUCGGAGAGAGUACAGUGCGGACCAUCGCCAUGGACGGCACAGAGGGGCUGGUCCGCGGGCAGCCUAUCGCCGACACCGGCGCCCCGAUCACCAUACCAGUCGGCGAGCACUGUCUUGGGAGGAUCAUCAACGUUAUUGGGGAGCCUAUUGACGAGCGCGGCCCGAUCGAUACGCAAGUAUACGCGGCGAUUCACGCAGACGCGCCAGAGUUCGUGGAGAUGGCAGUAGACCAGGAGAUCCUCGUGACCGGCAUCAAGGUGGUGGAUCUGCUCGCUCCUUAUGUCAAAGGCGGCAAGAUCGGCUUGUUUGGCGGCGCGGGCGUCGGCAAGACCGUGCUGAUCAUGGAACUCAUCAACAACGUGGCUAAGGCCCACGGUGGAUUCUCGGUGUUCGCCGGUGUGGGCGAGCGCACGAGGGAGGGGAAUGAUUUGUACAACGAGAUGAAAGUCGGUGGCGUCAUCACAGAAGACUACAAAACUUCUAAGGUGGCGCUAGUGUACGGUCAAAUGAACGAGCCGCCCGGUGCGCGAGCGCGGGUGGCGUUGACAGGACUGACGCUGGCGGAACACUUCAGAGACAAGGAAGGUCAAGACGUGUUGCUGUUCAUCGACAACAUCUUCCGGUUCACCCAGGCCGGCUCGGAGGUAUCCGCGCUGUUGGGCCGUAUCCCCUCCGCUGUGGGCUACCAGCCGACUCUGGCCACCGACAUGGGCACGAUGCAGGAGCGGAUCACCACCACGAAGGCAGGCUCCAUCACCAGUGUGCAGGCAGUGUACGUGCCGGCGGACGAUCUGACCGACCCAGCACCAGCAACCACCUUCGCCCACUUGGACGCCACGACGGUGCUGUCGCGAGCUAUUGCCGAACUGGGCGUCUACCCCGCUGUCGACCCGCUGGAUUCCACCUCACGAGUCAUGGACCCCAACAUCAUCGGGCCUGAGCACUAUUCUAUUGCUAGAGGAGUGCAGAAGAUUCUUCAAGACUACAAGUCUCUGCAAGACAUCAUCGCUAUCCUGGGCAUGGACGAGCUCUCUGAAGACGACAAGCUGACAGUGGGACGCGCCAGGAAAAUACAGAGGUUCCUUUCGCAACCGUUUCAGGUGGCUGAGGUGUUCACAGGGCACGUAGGCAAGCUGGUAAAAUUGGAGGAGACUAUCAAAGGAUUUAAACGAAUCUUGGACGGCGAGUUGGACCACAUCCCAGAGGCGGCGUUCUACAUGGUGGGCACCAUCGAGGAUGUGGUGGCCAAGUCGCAGUCUCUGGCCAAGGGCUGACCACUGAUCCCGCUUUGGACCGCUUUACAAAUAAAUAUGAACGUCGAUAGCAUGUUGAUAGUCUAAUAUACUUUUGCGCUGUUUUCA